AUGAUCACCCCGCUCCCCACCUGCGUCCCGCACCAACUAGCCCUCGACAUCCUCCACAGCCACAGCGAAAUAAUAACCCUGAACCCGCUGGUCCUCUCCCACCGCCCCAUCCGGGCGCCUCGCGACGCAAUCGCAGACGAAUACUACUCAACCUGGUACGAGAUAACCGAACAAGUCCAAUACAUACCCGGCCUCGGCAAGCUGGGCGCCGGCAAAAUAAGCUUCAAGGGCUGUUUCCAGAACGUCGAGUGGGGGCUACGGACACACAUGUAUGCGCCGCUGGGGAUAGACCUACAGAGCAAAUGGCGCAUAGGCGGGGACGCCGAGGAACGGGAUCGGGCCGAUGGCGCGCCGCAGAGCGGACUUUAUCUGCAUGAGGAGGUGCAGAUCGAUUGUAAUCGGGCGCUGGUUUCGUUUGUUAAGGGUCAGUUGAAGGCUGCGUCGAAGGUGUUGGUUGAUCGGUUGAUUAGGAAGGCGGAGUUGCUUGAUGCGGGCGUUUUGCAGGGGGUUGUUGAGGAUGGGAAAUUGAUGACGUUUAAUCCGGCGGACUUGUCGGAUAAGGGUGCUUUGCAGAGGGGUUAUUCUAUGCGGGGUUCGCAGUCAGGGGGGAGGAGGAGGUCAUCCGGGCAGGGGUUGGGAUCGCCGAUUGAAGCCGGGUCGGUGUCGAAUGCUUAUGCGCCGCAGUACGGGAGAGAACGGGGGAAGAGCUUUCCUGUGGAAUUGGCGGGUGAUUUUUAUCAUAUGCCAGCUGAGGCUGUCAGUCCCCGGACUGAGGUGUACCAGGAGUUGCCGGCUAAUGAUCAACUUGCGAACUCGUCGAGGCUAGGGACAGGUUAUGGUGUGGAACUUGAUGGCACGAGCCCGAGAUCACAGGAAUACAGAGAUGAAGGAUUGCCCUAUCGACCUUACAGCUACAGGUCACCUGAAAAGGGCUGA